AUGGAUUUGACGAAACAUUGUGCCAAGUGUGAUCGACCGGACUCGGCGGAUAAUUUAGUCGGAUGCGACUCUUGUGAGACGUGGAUGCACUUUGGGUGUGCGGGAGUGACGGAUUCCAUCUCCGAGGUUAAUCGCAGUUGGAAAUGCGAGCAGUGCCGGGAGGAAGAUUCAAUAUUGCAGUCGGUCAGUCGUAUGUCUUCUAGCAAGCACUCGUCUAGAAUAGACCUCAAUCUAAGGAUGAUCGAGGAAGAGAAGGCCAUGAGAAUGCGAAGAAUUCUGGAAGAAGAAGCAGCUCAAGCUGCAACCAGGAAAAAGCUAGCGGAUGAGGAGGAGAAGUUUCUAAAGAAGAAGUAUAAACUUCUCGCGGAUGAGGAAAAUUCAGAGGAUGGAGCCAGUAGGACAUCAAGACUGAGCAGUCGAGCUAGUCUAGAUAAGGUACGAUCGUGGCUUGGAAAGCAGGAAGUCGACACAGCACGUCGAGUGAAAGUAGUGUCAUCCAGUAGCACCUUGCCGAGAACCGUAGUUACAGAAGCAGUUCAGCAGUCUAUAAUCCCAGCACUCAUCACCUCUAGCCCGAAGGCGUCAAACGUUCCUGCUCUUGCAACCUCGAGCCCUGUGUCAACUUCUACACCAAGUUCGGUAAAGUGCUCCGUAGCAAUGAAUGCACCUGAAGGUCCAGUUCCAGUAAGAUCAAAAGGUGACUUCGUAUCCCACACCGAAAUUAUUUUAGACGUUCCCGGGAGACCUCUGGUAAGUUCGUCAUUGGUGACUAGAUGCAACUCCUACGUCGGAGUCAAUAAACUCGUUGCGAUAAAUGACAACAGUGGAUCGCGGAAGAUCAACAAUAGUGCUCCGCCUUCGGUAAUCGACCUUCCCCCUUUAUCGGGUCGUAACCAAGUACCAGAGGCAAUAGUAAACAGCAUCCCCUCCAUACUCAUGAGUAGGGCAUCGGAAUGUGGUGAUAACAUUGUCACAUAUUCCUCUAGUAGUAGGCUAGUGUUUCACGAUAGCAUAGUAGGUAAAAGUGUACCACAAGUAUCCUCCCUCAAUUAUGGGUAUACACCUAUGUCUAACUAUAAUCCCACAUUGUCAACAACAACCUCAGUGCUGAAUCAAUUGCACACUACAAAUAUUCCGACACAUAACAGUAUCGUCGCCCCUCCGCACGUUGCAACUAACCCAUCAUUGUCAUUUCUCACUGGUAGUCAGGGUUACUCGGUUGGAGGGUGUUCAGUUACUUUCCAACAUCCCAGUUUAUCAGUGCCUUUAGUACACUCCCGACCAACGUUAAGUUCCAUUUGUCAACCAACGUGGAUCAAUAGCAAUAUCGCCAGUACCACCGUGAGUGGAAUGCAAUCGUUAAAUAUAAAUAUCCCGGUCUCAACGCAGAGAGAAGGAACGUAUUUCAAUAAUGGGGGUGUGUUAGUAAGUACGAGUGCGUUGGUACCACCUGUGUCCAGUACCACUGCACCUCAGUUUGUGAUUCCGGGUACCCAACUACCGAUGCCAGCCGGACCAUUCGGUGCUCCCUCCAUUGACCAACGGCCUCAACAACAGCCUGCUAUACCAGUUCGAAGCGGGCCAUCUAGCGAGCAAAUGGCUGCCAGAGAAAGUGUUGCCGCGGGAGUUGCCAAACUUUUCAGGCGACCCUCAAGAUUGGCCGCUAUUCUAUAG